GGGAGACUUGGCAACUUUCAUCCAGAGAUCAACGACUACUUUGAUGUAACUACCAAGUUCUUCCGGCAGGACUGCAGCUGUGUGGCAAUGCAGAAUCGCGGUCUCGUCUUCCUUUACGAUGCGCCCUUGGCCACGCAAACCCCGAUCGUUGGACCAGGAAUGCAGAUUGUCAGUUCGUCUCUGAAAUUGACGGAUCAAGCUACUCGAAAAGCAAAUGGAGGUGGUGCUGCUGUAAACCACGCAGCUGGUUGUACAAGUCUUGGUGGAGCUACGACAACGACAUUGGUUCCUAAUAAGAGCAUGACAUCAACAGGCAAAGUAGAUGCUGAAAAAGCUCAACUUCUGAUGCUGAGUGAAGAAAGUUUGGAUCUGUUACAACGAGCUGGUGCCCCAGCACCGCCACCGGGACGAGCGCCGGCUCUGAAUUUCACUUCUUUAAGGGUUUUCGAAUUGCAUCCCGCACUAACAUGAUCUUGAUCCCGGACUCUUGUUUCCCCACUAAGAAAGAAAAUCAAGGAUGUUCUGAAGAAUGCAAUGAUAGCGCACCCUCUAACUUCUGGCUUAUCGGAACGGCUGGCGCGUCGGCUUACGGUCGAGAGAUCAAAUCCGACGAGAACCGUAACUUACGUGGGCGCAGGCACGCAGGAACGCUUUUACGUUGAAGUCGCAUCGAAUCAUGUAGUGAAACCUGCUUCUACUUCUACAAAAAGUAUUAAGGCUUCCCCUCAUCCAUCUCCUUCUCCAGAAGCAUCUCGCGGCUGUCACCUAAGGGGAAAAUAGGUCCGAGAUGGAUAUCAGGAUGGAUUAGGUUGAGCGCUACUAAUCAUGCUAGUUGUACUAGUGGAGCAGGAACCGGAGGUGGAGGAAAGAACGGAGACAACAAUGCGAACGCCAAAAAUUACAAUCCGACUUCGUCCAAGGUGGUCAAUUUAUCAGCGAACAACAAGGCCUCUUCUAGCACAGUUGUGACGAGCAACGGCAAUGCGAACAACAUUAAGGCUACAACUACUUCAAGUCUUGUUCAUUACUUCUAUUGGUAUUUCUUUUUCUUACUUAGCUGAUGAAUGUGAAUUAUCAUAGAAAGUGAGAUCCUCAACUAGUGCAUCAUCCUUCUUCUUGGCUCCUUUUCUAUUUGGAAAAGAAGCCAAGGAUCACGCGCUCCUCAUGGAUGCGACCGCGGUAGCUCUAACAACAAGAAUGGUGGAAAAAGUAGUGGAGGUGGUGUGCGGAUUCAGCCAGCUGGGGCUAACAAUAGGAUGUCCAAUAACUACCCUGUGCGCAUCCAGCCGAAAGCAGAACAGCCAGGCGUUCACUUGGCCGCACCCAAGAAAUCCAAAUCUUCCGACUCACCUAAUGACGACGAUGAUAAUCAACAACAUAAACAGAACGAGGAAGUAUCCUUCUUCUUUCACGGGCCUGACGCGCUGCGCAAAGUCCUGGAAAAGCGACGUGCAGAACAUAAUCUGCAACGCGCAAAGAUGAUGGCGGGAGCACAUCACAGUAUGAUGAAAAGCUCUGCCUCCGUCCAACUUGUAGCCGCACCACAUUCGACCUCCGCUACACUCACUUAUGAUUAUAUCAGAGUAGUUUAUAGCACGCAUGGUGCAUGGAGUAGCAUGGAGUGCAUGGAGCGCAGAGCUUUAAGGGGCGCAAGAAGCUCCCCCUUUAGCUCCAUACUACUCCAUGUGAUCCAUGCGCUCCAUGCCAUGCGAGCUGUGAAACCUUAUAAACUGCUCUAUUAUAAUGCUUCUUGUUGUGUUUGUACCUGGGAGGUUCUAGUGCCUCGGAUGAAAACAUGCUCUUUGCUCGUGUAGUGAAACUUUUAUUUUCGUCUUAAAUUGUCAUCUCCUUUGUCUCGUCCACCCAUGAUGAGACUCCCAUCUCAAUCUCUCUAAUUCUCUUCCCGAGCAACGGCAGCUGGUCAACAGCACGCACGUAGUAAAGAUCGAGAAGAAGGACAACUACCCUCGUCGGAACGACUCGCUGCCACUGCUGCAGAGUGCGCCGCUUGCUUACAAAGCUGCCAGAAACAGUUUUUGAAGGAAAGAAAAGCUGGCGCCGGCGACCCCCCUCACAAGCUGCAACAGGGUAAGAAAAAGUCUAAUCCGUCAUGGUCCUCGGCAAACCGCAGAUUAGUCAACUCUAUAGCUUUCGGAAGUGAUUGGGAAACGUUUCUAGUGGUGUUUCCUGACGGAAGUUGGGAGCUGGGAGGAAGCGGAAUUCCGAAGACUCUGACUGAAAAUUAUGGUAGAACAUUUAUUCUAAAUGAUGACUCUUGAUGCAUUUUCUGCACCCAGGAGCAACAUGAUUAAGGACGACGGCGAUGACGAAGUCGAAGGGAAUUCUUGAAUUUGAAAUACAAAUACAUAUUAGAAUGAUUCAUUCUCUAAAUUUCACUCUGGGACACCAGUCCGCAAGACAGCCGUCGUCCUCGCAGCGAUUUGGUUUGCGUGCACUUGGGACCUCGUGGAGAGUGGUAUCUAGAAAUGCAAGAUGGAGAACGGUGGUGGGGAGGAAUCCCUGACGAUUUCGCGCAACAACUUCAGCCGGAUCGUGUUCGACGAAUCUACUUCGGCUCUCAAGGAACCUACGCCGUGCGCUCCUGCGAUGCUAAAGAUCUGGCAAGUGAUAUGAAUGGAGCAAUAGCUGGUGACCACACGACAAGGGAUGUAGACAUGAUGUAGUGCUGAUGUUCGAGGUGAAAAUACAUACCUAGUUGUAGUAGCAGUCGUACCCCUACCCACUGUUUCAAGGUAAUACAUGACAACUACGACUAGAAGUAGCGCCUCCCGCUCAUGUUACAACCGUUAGACAUGAACAUUGAGGCGUCGCGUGCUGGUAAAUUUAGUGAAAAAUGAUCGUGCCUUUGACUUAUUGAAGUCCGUCUUUCUUCAGAUAUUCGUGCUCUUCCCCAAGGAUGUUGUAGCUGUUCAUAUGGAUACAACUCUUCUUCAUAAUUCAUACUUACAAUAUGUGAAAGGGCGGCGGGGACCCGUUUUAGUUGUAGAUGUGGCCGAAAACGAAAUAAUGAUCUAGAGACAUGGAAUUUACACAGGAAAUCAACCACCUUAUGUUUGGCCACCUUGUUGAACAUGAUUUGAACUAAGACUCUCGUCUCAAGAACAUCUGGAGGCUCAUCUCCGGAGAUAAACCCUAACCCUAAAACCCAAACCAUUCUAUUCGCGCAUCCCAAUAUCACUGUCCCCAAAAAAUAUGGCCUUUGCGCUCUCGUAUGCAUGCUACGAAAGUUCACCAGUGGAAAUGGAUAUCUAUUUCGAGGCCUUGUCAAACUUCUUGGUCAAGAUCAACAGGAG